ACAGAGCGAGAUUCUUAGAGUAGGGUCUUGUUCGUAAUCGACAUGGAUUGGUUGGGAGACGAUACUGGCCGCACCGAAGCUGCAGCACGAGCCCCCUCGUUACAUGCAGUGUAACCUCAUUUUACAGGGCCAAUUCUGCAUCGCAAUGCAAGUGUCGUAAGCAGCACCAGCAGUCCGAUAAGGAAAUAGUGUAUCGACUGUCUUUUAUAUAAUACUGAAUGCCCAAGACCAAAAUGGGUUCAUGUCCUCACUUUCCCGAAUAGACUUCAAAAUCGUUGAUUUCUUGAUUUGGUACUAAUGGCACGUAUUAUAGAUACCGGCGUUGAUGUUGAGACUACUUUGGAGGACGACAACUCAUAUGGCCACGAAAAGACUGAGACAGUUACCCAAGCGACUCCUCACCAGAAGCGCCACACAAUAAACUCCCUUGAACGAUACAUCCGGCUUCCAACCAUCGUCUUCUUCGGUGUGGUUCUUCUGGCAUCGUGGGAAUCAUUUGCCGUUACGUUUCAAUUCGCCCUGUUGAAUGGUGGGCCAGCGUCCAUGCUCUAUGGGAGCAUUCUCGCCGGUAUUGGCGUGAUCACGAUUGGACUAUCUCUGGCCGAACUGGCUUCAAUUGACCCGACUGUAGGUGCCCAGUAUCGCUGGUCUGCAAACCUAGCCCCGGCCGCUCCACGAUUCUGGGGACUCAUGCAAGGUUGGAUGACAGUAUCAGCUUGGUGCUUUGCUUGCGCAGGGCCGACUUCAUCCCUGUCGCUUUUGAUAACGUCACUGGUUACGUUCAACCAGGAAACGUAUGUCCCAGAACGUUGGCACACGAGCUUGAUCAUGAUUGCUACCAUGAUCAUUCCACUACUGUGCAAUCUCUGGUUCCGAAAAGUCUUGAAUAUCUUGGAGACAUUUGGCGGCAUCUUGCACAUUUGCCUCUUCGUCGUCUUCAUUGCCGUCCUUGCUGCAAUGGGGUCGAAAAGCGACACGGAUUUCGUGUUCAGGACGUUGACCCAUGAUGUCAGUGGGUGGUCAGAUCCAGGAGUUGCAUGGUGUCUGGGCCUACUCUCUGCCACGUUUUCGUUAUCUGGAGUUGACAGCGUGCUGCACAUGAGCGACGAAGUCAAGGAUGUCUGGACUCACAUUCCUUACAGCAUCAUAUGGGCUUGCGUUACUAACUCUGUUAUGCUAUUCAUCUUCGUUGUUGUCCUGUUGUUCUUUAUCGGACCGCUCAACAACGUCACGACAGCCCCCUUGCCUCUCAUCUACGUUCUCUAUGACGCAACAAAUUCCAAGCCUGCGACAAACGUCCUCGUCAUCUUCAUCUCAAUCAUCUAUUUCUGCGCCAUGUUCAACAUAUUCGCCUCUGUCUCGCGCCUGAUCUGGGCAUUCGCGAACGACCACGGACUCCCCUUCUCCGGCUUCUUCGCCUACGUGCACCCGACACUCCAGGUCCCCACCAACGCCCUGAUGCUCGUGGGCGCCAUCGUGGUCCUGCUGUCGCUCAUCUACAUCGGCAGCGCCACCGCGUUCAACGCCAUCAUCUCCCUGCAGACGCUGGGCCUGUACACCUCGUACUUCUUCCCGAUCCUGUUCAUCCUGCUGCGCAAGCUGCGCGGCGCCGCGGCGGAACCCCCGUACGGCCCGUUCCGCAUGGCCAGGCGCUCCGGCAUGUUCGUCAACGCCUUUGCCCUGUGCUAUCUGGCCUUCAUCAUCACCUGGAUGCCGUUCCCGUCGGUGCUCCCCGUCGACAAGGACAACAUGAAUUAUGCGGGCCCCAUCUUUGGCGGCAUGGUCUUGCUGGCGCUGGCCGAUUGGUGCAUCAAUGGGAGAAAGAGGUUCCGGAUGCCAGUCAAGAGGUACGGAUGAGUUUAGCAAGAAAUUGCUUGUGCAGUUUGUCCACAGCCUGGCUUGGUGUCAUAUCGGAAGACUGUCGGUGGCAGUCAAAUUACAGCCUUGUUUUCUGGAUAGUUUCGGUGCCGAGAUGGCUGAUCUGUGGCCGUAGUUCCACCUGGCUUGUUGACACUUCCCAGGCAGUCUGGGCUGCACAUAGUCUUUGAGCAUCCCACCCCGAUGGGAGGCCAAGUAGAGAAUGAAUGAAGGAUAAUUGAAACAAAGUUGUUACUAUCUCAAUGCGGCCACUUAGGACAAAAUGAAUAAAUAACUAAAAGGGACUUGAGUAACUCCUCAGACGUGACUUCAGAGCAAGAGAGCCUGUCUGCAGAUCCAUCCAUUAAAUAUAUGGUCACGAGAUUGGGCACACCUCAGCUUUGUGGUCUAUAGGCUACACACAAUCAUACAGUACGGGAAUAGAACAACAAUGAGCCGCCGGCACUCAGCGAGCGACCUGGAUU